AUGUCGGUACCGCUGAAGCCUAUUUCAAUUGAUUUCAGCGUCAGACAAGUGGAUUCCAAACAGAAGAAGUUUCACAGCCACGUACAGAAGGCACUACAGCAUUUUGAAUCUGUCACAGAAUGGGCGGAUUAUAUUGCCAACUUGGGCAGAUUACUGAAAGCUUUGCAGAGUUGGUCACCGCAAUUCAGCAAUGUUAAAUUCUAUAUUCCAUAUCCUUACCAAGUUGGCAGAGAAUUGUCAUCGUCGCUGUCGCCCAGCUUACCGUCAGGUGUCCAUCUGAAGGCCCUUGAAGUGUACAGCUACAUUUUUGACAAAAUUGGGCUUGAAUCCAUCAGCAGAGAAUGCAACAUUUGGACCCCUGGGAUCUUUAGACUUAUGUCCUACGCGUCCAUAUCGGUCAAGGGUCCCCUAAUUGAGCUUUAUGAACAGUAUCUCAUUCAACUGUCACCACAGGCUUUGAGGAUUUUGAUCAAGCCAAUGCUUGCAAGUCUUUUCACUGGCAUCGAAGACGAAAGCAGCGAGUUCCAGGGUGCAACUUUCAAUUUGAUAGAUGCUCUCAAAGAAAAUUUGGCCGACGAUUUGCUCUUUUGGCAGGCUGUCUUCCUGAUAAUGAUAUCCAACAAAGAUAGAAGAGCUGGUGGACUGGUAUGGAUUACGAAACAACUACCGUCUUUGAAUGCAGUCCCUCACAAAAUUUUGGAAAAAGUGAUUGAAUCCGGAAGUGACCGCGCAAAGUCAAUCAGUAUCGGAAGAGAUGAAGUUAAACAAAAACGCGAGGCUGCACUUGAGCUUUUACUGCCGGCAGCCCGCGAUUUAGUUCAUCCUGAGCCUGGACUCUUGGUCAGAUGCCUAGUUUCCUGCUUAGCAGAAGAAAACGAGGUUUUGGUGAAGAGAGGUGUAUUGGACAUUUUGACCCAACGCAUUCACUUGAGCUCACCUUUCAUCCAAGUUCUGAUACCGGAAAAUGACCGAAAGAUGCUCAUAAUGGCUUGUUGCAGGACAAUGUUAAACCGCGAAAUGUCCAUAAGCAGAAGAGUGUGGAAUUGGUUACUGGGACCUGCUUCAGCUACGCAGACCUCGCCAAGGGAAGGCUCUACAACCUAUUUUUCAGAAAAUGGUCUCGGCGCGCUGUUCAGUGGCCUUGAGGAGAUAUCGAAUGAGCCUAGCGGCAUAGCUGACGUAUACAAGAUUUGUCUGUCACUAAUGGAUAGGUGGGAGAUUGCCUGCCAUGUCAUCCCUCAGGUCUUCAUACCGUUGAUGAGAGCAGCCAAGCGACUGAACCUGCCGGCCAGUGUUUUGAAGGUUGCGUCUUCUUUUUUCGAUUCGGUCGAGACGAACAUUAUCUGGGGUAAGCUUUUCGAUGCCAUCUAUCAACAACGUGAUAGCGAGCUUCUGCUUUACGUGCUAAGAAAUUUCAAUGUGGCUACAGAAGACGAAGUCUUGGUAAGGCACCUCCCUCUUAUUUUUCUAUCUCUUUUAGCUUCAAUGAGCUCUAAAGUUAGUCCCGGAGAGUAUGAAAUUCUAAUGUCUUUAUUAACUUUGAUUCCAGACAGAGCAUACUUGCCAGUAGAGCAUUCACAACUCGACGAAAACGAUGAUCUUGAUAAAGAAGGGGUUUUGAAAAGCAUUUCGAAUUAUUACAAAGCUAGUUCCGAUAUGACGCUUUCUACAACUGAGGAUAGCACUGGAGCACUUUCGCCCCCAUUUUCAACGGAAGACAUGACUUUCCUGACUAUCCAUCUCAUUCAAAGGCUUCUCAUUGAGCAAAUCGAUGGCAAUUGUCAUGUUGGCCAGAUAGCUAACGUUUUCUGUUUAUUAAUAACAAAAAUUCCUCAGAGUGAAGAUGAAAGUUUGCCGAGCGAUAAACGUAAAGACCAAUGGGUCUAUUCGAAGCUUCAGGCUGCGAUUUUAAAUCACAUCUCCGUUAUGCAUUCAGCGGUCUCGGUUGGUGUCUUUGGAUUAAUCAAGCUGUAUGUGUGCUAUCUUAGCUCGAAGCUGUCCACGCUGGAGUCUAUCAAACUUUCGAAGAGCCUAACUACUGCACUUUGGGAUUAUUUGAUAGAUCCGAACUCGCAAAUGGAGGCUAUGGACUCCCUAAAGUUGCUAAAGAGAAGCGCAGGUGGGGAUUAUAUUGAAAGAGCCCUCGUGUACUGCUUCUUACAGGAAAACAACAUGCGAAGUAAGGUCGUUGCACUCGACGCUAUGUGGACACAUUUGGAAAACGAGGUUUCUUUGUUGCGCCGCCCAUUAGAAAUCCUUUUAGAUGAAUUGCGUGACGAACAGAACUCUAACUAUUUGAUUGUGUCAAGAUGGGUUUCAUCGACCAUACCCUCGGGAUCUGUCAACAGACUGUUUCAAUUGCUACUCGAGAAUUUGUUGGCUUGCAGUUUUAUCAGGAAAAUGGAAAUAUCAUCACUUGACGAUAUCGAAGCCUUCGUAUAUUCCAUUCAAAUGUUGACAAAUGUGUUGAAAAUAGAUCAAAAAACUAUGGUUAGAUCACUCUCUACUGAGCUGACUUCAGUUCAUUCGCUUGACAUAUGGGGCGACGAGGAUAUAUCGACCUACAAAAACUUGAGCAUAGCUUUAUCCUUAAGAUUUUUGAAGAUCGAGAACGAAGACGAUUCCAGUAUACGGAGUACGGUCAUUUUUCUCGAUACCGUGAUUGAUGGAAGCGAGGAGAACUUUAAGUCUAUCGUCUCAUUUCUGCUUCAGCUGUCGAAUAAAUUCAUUAUCUCCGAGAGCUCCAAAUAUGAGUCCAUCUCCGUUUCACUCCUUGAUAUAAUUUCAAAGGUUCUUUCGCUAUCCCAUCUUAAGGGUAGAAAGUUGGAUAUUUUUGAGGACGAUGACUCUCAUUUAACAUACAUUGACUUCCUCGUGACCGGUGUGACGACCAUGCGACAGCCUCUCGUCAUUGAGUCGUAUGUCAAGCUUCUUUCCGAGACGCUGCAUUACUUUCAAGAGACUCUGUUUUCAAUUGCUCUACCUUUGACAACUUCGAUGGUUAAUUGCAUCAAACACCUGUUCGCAGUGCAUGAGACAAAAGGUGACUCUUACAGUUGCAUCUUACAUUUGAUGAAAGGCUUAGAGGAGGUGUUGACGGCUCUGCAUGGUUACCUCACUGCGGAAGAAAAAAGUUCACAGACGAGCAACGCCUUAGGGAGAACUGAUUUCCUGCAGAGUGUUGUUGCCAAUGUUUUUGCGAGCGAAUCAAACUCAGUGGAAUCCAGAUACUCCUAUGAGAGAGAAAUCAUGAUUCAAUCAUUUAGAAUUGCUGCUGAAUGCUCCUUAAAAAUGUGGUAUUGGGCUCGAGGAGAGUCCUCCAUAAGCAAGCAUAAUGAAGCUGUUGAUGACGGCCAAGAUCGCUUUCAAGAUUCACUCAAAUAUCAUGCGUUCAAAUUCAAAUUUAGGACCAAAAGGUUACUGAGUGCUCUUUUCGCCCUAGAGCCUCUGGAAGUUCUGGAACAGCUCAUCUCUGGAAACAACAACAGAUAUACGCUUACCUUAAUCCACGUUCUCGAUGAAAACCGACCUAUUUUGACAUUACCGCAUUUAUUCCAGAGCAUAAUAUUCCGAUGUGAUAAAGCUUCGGCAGUCACGUUUUCUAAUUCUUGGAGCAUGAAGAACGUUUCCAAUCCAACCGCUUCGAACGAUUUAAGCGAGCAAAGCAUCCUGAGGUUCGUCAUCGAUUAUACUAAAAGCCUUGAAAAUGCUGCUGUCGAGGAUUAUUUUGGUGACUUCAUGAUAUUGUUUCGCGAAAUCGCUUUAAACAGUUCAAACUACAAGCAUUUGUCUGCCCUUAUUUUCGAAUUAAUAACUGUUACAGGCGAGAAGAUUCAUUUUUCGAAGUUUGGCGAACAAAAAAAGAUCAAGAAAGAGUUAUCAGAGACGUUUUCCAAAUACCUUGGAAGUACCCUCGCCGCAGAGGUUGACCCACGAGACUCUAGACUAUACGAGAACUUAGACCUUCUUUGCCAAAAGCUUCAUUAUAUCGUCGAUGAGCCGUCUGGUGAUAAAUUUCACAGCGUGUUAUCAGUUAUCACGCAAAGCGCCAUCUCUCCUGCGUUGAAGAAAAAGACUGAAUUUAGCCCUCCUAGUUAUGUUGCUAAAUUGGCAAUGACUAUUGCUAAAAUAGGGGCAAAGAACAAACUUUGGAAAUCUCUGCUACUAGAAUUCUUUUACAAUGAUAAGCAGUUCUCUGCUCUUCUUCAUAACGCUCUUUUAUUUCCCGUCUUCCAGGAAUGGUCACAGUACCCUGAUAUCAAAGAUAAACUUUUACCAGAGCUGAUUACUUCCGUUGGAUCGAAACACAAUUCUCUGGGACCUGCUAUGAUACCGUUCAAUGGCUGGAGUGAUACAGAGAUUACAUUAAAGAAGCAGAACUUGAAGCGCAUUUCGUUCCUUUUGAUGAUUUCUUCAAAGGAUACUUAUCUUCUACAACUCAGGUCACUUCUGAGCCAAAUCGAGCAAAAUUUCUUGAUAGACGAUUCAAGAGUAAAAGCGUUAUGGUGUUUGUUACUUCGCAGUGUUUUACUAAGAUUUUCUGCCACACAUUUCAGCAAUAGUUGGAGUUCUUUGGUUUUCUACUUACAGACCAGUUUACAGCAAUUCCAAGAAUCGCUUCAGAUUCAGCAGGGCGCAGAAGAUCCUACCAUCCUUCAUGUGUGCAAAUGUUUAGAUUUGCUACUCACGCUCAAUUUGGAAGAAUUCACAGCCGCUUAUGAAUGGCUUUUCAUUAUCGAUACGAUGAACUGCAUUUAUAAAAAUGAUCCAUAUAUGAGUUUGGUGGAUGAAAUUAGUGACUGCAAGGAAUUCCUGACCAAAGGUAAUAUUCAGGACAUUGAAUUGGCGGAUAACUCUCUUUCGAGGGUGCCACUUCUUUUUGGGGUCCAAAAGAUAACGAGUUUUAUUCAACUUCGACCAUUUUUCCAUCGCUUGAGCUACGUUCAUUACGAACAAGUCUACGGACUCAAGGAUGUUGAUGUUUCUGCAUGCGACAAUGACCUUUUUGGCGAUCUUGCAGUUGUCGACUGA